UAACCCUUGCUCUCGUCUUCUUAUUUCUUCCGCAUCUCCAUUCAAAUCCCUAAUUCUCUUUCCAGAUCUGAUAUUUCUCUCGAUCUAUUGAUAAUGGAUGCUUUGGAUUCAGUCUUCGAGCCAUUGAGAGAGUUCUCAAAGGAUAGCUACCGUCUAGUCAAGAGAUGCCACAAACCUGAUCGUAAAGAAUUCUCGAAGGUAGCGGUUCGUACGGCGAUUGGUUUCGUGGUGAUGGGAUUUGUUGGGUUCUUCGUUAAGCUCAUCUUCAUCCCUAUCAACAACAUAAUUGUCGGAUCUGUUUAGAGGUCAUACAAUCAUGAAGGGAUGGAUGGAGGACGUUUAGCUGUGUGGAAAAUGGUUUUACAUCGAGAAGUAUGAUGUAUUGUAGGGAACUUUUCUGGUAUUAUGUUCAAGUAGAAAGAGAUUUGUUUUUUUGAUACUUUAAAAUCUUUAAUGUGGAACCUUAUAUACUAGUUUUUACAUCAUCUGCUUUUUGUUUUA